AACAUUUCAUACAUUUCGAUUUCAUAUAUUGUAUGAUUUUAGAAAAUGUCUUUAAUAAUUAUGUUAAAUAUAGUUUAUAAGUGAUUAAAAUAGUGUUUAUUUUAAUUUUAAAACAAAGCUUCAAUAAUGAGAAUACAAUAAAGUAUAGAAUCGUACCGAUAGACUUGAAAUAUUAGCAAAAAUCAAGUACAGAAGGAAGAAAAAAGUGUUUGUAUGUUGCUACAAAUAGGUUAUAAUUUUAUAUUGCAUUAAAAGUCAAAAAAAGUGAUGGUUUACAUGGAUAGUAAUUAAAAUUUAGUGAAUAAAUUUCGUGUUUAUACAUUAUAAACGUGUUUAUAUAUACAUAUGUAAAUAUUGCUCCAUUUUUGGAUAUCUUGUAAUAAUCUGUAAUCAAAAUAUUUAUACCAUGGAUGAUCUACAGAAUUACAGAUUGCAACUUCAACAGGUCGAAGCUGCAUUGACAACCGAUCCAUCUAAUAAAGAAUUACUGAAAUUGAAAAUCGAUUUGGAAGAAGUGAUUGAAUUGACUCACGAUCUCAUAAAGUCACAGCAACAAGAAAAACGACAAACUGAUGAAACGGAUGUUAAAGAUCCUAUUCUUCUUGCAGUAUUAGCUAAUAAAUGGAGUGUUGGAGAUCUUUGUAUGGCUCCAUGGAGCGAGGAUGGAAAGUAUUACGAGGCUACGAUUGAUGGAAUAAAUGAGGAAGGUGUAGUAAAUCUUACUUUUAAUGAAUACAAAAACACAGAUGUUACAAUGCUCAGUCAGUUGAAAUCAGUUGCUAAACGACCAGCGUCCGAUUGGGCCGAACAAAAAGCAAAAAAAAUGCAAGUGGCAGCUGUCGCUGGAAGUGAUCCAAAUAAACAGCGAGAUUAUCUAAAGAAAAAGAAACAGAAAAAACUUCAAAGAUUUAAAGAACUCGAAGAAGAGAGGGAACAGGAGAAGAAUAAAUGGUUGGCAUUUGCAAAUAAGUCAACGAAGAAAGGUGUGAUUAAAAAGAGUAUUUUUGCAACGCCUGAAAAUGCAAACGGACGAGUUGGUAUUGGAACUUGUGGUGUUAGUGGUCGUGAAAUGACAAAAUUCAGUAACGGUGAAAAGUGGCGGCGUGGUACAUAAAUAUAUAUUGUAAAUAUAUCUAGGUCAGUAAGUUAUAUAUUAAGGGACUUAUAAACUAUUGAUUUUCUUUUUAUUUA